AGAGCCACAGACGGAAAGGAAAGGGAAAAGGAAGAAGAAGAAGGGACGUCGCUCGUACCUUUUGGGGCUUUAUUUUUCCCCCGUUUUCUUCCUCCUUCAUAUGUAUUUAUAAUUAUUGGUAUUGGUAUUAUUCUGGUUGCACUCGUGGUUGCUCCUCUGCGCCGGUGUUGAUAGCCGUUUGCGGGGCUUCUUUCAAAUCUUUUCUUUCUUUUUUUUUGCGUCUCCGCUUCAUACACCCUCCAGCCCACUCGUCCUGCGCGUGCACCUUCACUGCUCUGCUCGUUUUUUAGUUCCACAAAAUAUAUUCUGAAAGAGAAGAAAAAAUGAGCGGCAGCGAGGCAGGGACAAGCCACAGCGCGGGCACCAGCGACGAGCGCCACCCGCCGCCUGCUUCGAGCUCCCGCAACGCCUCACCAUCUCCGCCAUCCACACCGGCUAUCGUCACCGCCGCAGCAGCAGCAACACAGAAAAGGAGCGCAACGUCCACCGCCGACACGCUCGGCAGCCUCUCCGCUGUCGCCUUGGAGGCAAUCGAGCAGCGCUACGUGGAGGUGCUCCGCGCCCUAUCUGCCGAGCCGCAGCUGGAGCCCUUCCGUAACGAGUAUGAGAAGCUCCACCGCCUUCUUCUCAGCAGUCACGAUGGCGAGCAACGGCUGCUGCGGCAGGCACGCGAGCUGCGCGAGGAGCUCGACACGCACCAGCAGAAGAUUCAAACUGCCAUGCAGCUCUCGCAGGAGGACGAGGAGGCGAUUCAGGUGCUGCGGACGGAGAUUGAGACGGCGUGGGCGAAGGCCGACGCCGCGCAUGAGCAGGAGCAGCGCAGCCGCGAGCUGGUCACGGCACUGCGGCAGCAAGUGACGGAGCUGGACGCCCUUGUGGAGAAGACCGCGGGCCUGUCGAUGGGACAGGAAGCCUACCUGCGCGACCUCCUCGCGAUAAAGAAGGACCGAGAGGAGGAGGCCAUCACCCUCAACGCGGCGCUGUACCGCACGGCAGCGGAGCACCAGCAAGCCACCGCGCUCUUGAAAGACGCGAAUAGCACCUUCGAAGGCGGGGCGCGGGAGCUGGAGACGCAGCGACGCGCUUAUCAGCAGCUGCUGACGAACCUCGAAACCGAGCAGCGCGAGCGGGCGGGUAAGGAGGCGAACGUGCGGCAGUACCGCGAGACGACGGAGCUGUGUGUGCGGCAGCUGGAGGAGCACAACAACCUCGUCGAGCGCGUCACGCGCGAUGAGAAGAAGACUGGCAAGGAGGCCGAAGCCGUGGCGCAGGAGGUGCAGACCCUGACCCGGCAGGUGCAGGAGAAGCAGGAGCGCUUCGCCGCGGAGGCGGCGCGCCUGGCUGUGGCGGAGCGGGAGAACACGAUGCUGUCGAACGACAUCCCGCAACGACAGGCCGUGCUGCGCGAGCACGAGGAAGAGCUGAAGCGGGAGAAGAAGAAGCUCGCUCGGAUAGAGAAGUCCGCCCGCGCGCAGCAGGCGGAGUUAACGGCGCUCGUCGGCAAGCGCACGGCGGCGAUGGAGGCGGUGCAGCAGCACAGCGCCGCCGUGGAAGCCGCCGUCGCCCAACUCGCCCAAGAGGAAAAGGAAAUGCGCGUGUUGGAGGAGGCGGUGGCGAAGGCCAUGCAGCGCAAGACGCGCAUCCUCGCCGCCAAUGCGGCGGAGGUCACGACCCGGACGCAGAUCGAGGGCAAGCGGGUGAUGGAGGUCGGCACCCGCCGGCGAUUGGAGCAGCAAGUAGAGCAGCUGCGCACCGAGAACGAAGCUUUGCGCAAAUCCAUCUACUACACGGAGCAGCACCGAGAGAAGGACAUGAAGGCCGCGCAGUCGGCCUUGCUCGACUACCACCGCACGCUGGACGCCAUCCGUCUGCGCCGCAACGAAGCGAAAGUCGUAGACGAGGACAUCGGCCGCCAUCAGAAGAAGCUGAAGGCGCAGCAGGAGUUGCUGAACGCCGUCACUGCCGAUCGCCACCGCACUGAAAAGACGCUGCGCGAGACGGAGGACGAGUUGCGACAGCUGCAGCAGCGGCACGGGUCGAAGCACGAGGAGCUUGAAAGCGUCAAGACGGACUUAAUCCAGCAAGAGGCGGAGCUCUGUCAGCUGCACGGGCUGACGCGGCAGCUGUCGAAGGAUCUGGUGAACACGGAGCAGCGCCUGCGCUUUCUGCGCGAGGACCGCCAGCACGCCGAGAGUCGCGUCGACGCGCUGCGCAACGAGGCGCUGCAACUGCGUCAGGUCAUCGCGAAUUGCGAUCAGGAGGCGCAGCAGCAGGCGGCGCGGCUCACGGUCAUGACCCGCGAGCGCAACACCUUGGCGACGCAGAUGCUGCGGCGCACCGAGGAGCUGGACGUGAUGCGGGAGAAGCUGCAGCUAACCGACGCCGCACGCGCGCUUGGCGCGACACGGUACUGCCACGUCAUGCAACACCUGAACCGCACCCGCGACGGACUGGCUGAACAGCGGCUGCGCUGUCGACUCGCGCUGGUCCGCCUGCGCUACCUCGAUCGACUUCAUAAGAAGGAGCUCGCGCAGGAGAAGUUGCUGACGCAGUCGCGGGCACGUGUGCGGGUCCUCGCCGACGAGCUCGGCACGAAGCACAACAUGCACGCCUGGCGCGAUCUGGAAGGCAACGCGCCGGAGGUGCUGGACGGGUUGGUGAAGGUGCAACUGCUCCAGACGAAGCUGACGCGCAAACGAGAUGAAUUGCAGGCCAAGACAGGCGAGGUCGAGGCGGCGGAGCAGGAAUACAAGCGGCUGCGUCAGCAGCUGGCGCGUCUGCCAGGCCCCGAGGCCGCGGAGGAGCUCGCCUUGUGUGCGGAGAACUUGCAACAGCGCAAGGCGCAGGUGACGGACAUGACACAGUCGCUGUCGAAGGCCGAGGAGGAGGCGCAGCUGCUGGAGGGGCAGGUGGAGCAGCUGCAGGAGGAGCUGCAGGACACGAAACACCGCUUUUAUCAGGAGAAGGCGAAGAAUGACGUGCUGCGGAAGGAGGCGCGCGUGCGCGCGCAGACGUGGGGAGGCGAGCCAGCGCGUCGCCACCGCCAUCAUCACCCGCCUCCAGCAAGUCAGCGCGAACCCCAGAACCCGAAUAACAGCAACGUGCUUGCGCAGUCGGCGCGAAGUGCAGACGGCUUAGACCUUCGCCCGACCACCAACACGUUGCCCUCCUCAUCAGCCCUGGCGGCUGAUCGACCGACUGCGUCUGCCGACGUCAGCGCCGCCCCUACCGUGCGUCACCCAGGUAAUAGCGGCACCAACAUCAACGACAGUGGCAGCCGGUCCACCUCGCUGCGUCGGCGUGGUUGGGCUUCGCAGGAAAGCGGCGCGUUGCACACCAUCACGGCUGGUCCGCCGCAGCCGGCAUUUCCGCUGCAGAAGCCACCGCAUCAGCGGCAGUUUGUCGGCGGCGGUUUCUCGCUGACGCAGUGA